CUAGAUUCAUUAACAUCUAUAUAAAUGAGAACAAUGCUAGAAAGUGUUAUAACCUGAAACGGAGAUGGUAUAUUCUUAGAUGUAUAGGCUAUUGCUUCCGUUUCUAUGGGCAAAAAAAAAAUACUAUGUUAGUUUAUCAAUGAUAAUAACAAGUUUACCUUGUACUUAGAUAUAUAAAUCAGGACAUAUAGUGCCAUAAUUAUGAAGGUAGUAUAUUCACAUGUCACUAAACCAGUUUUCUCAUUAUUUUCAUGAUAGAAAAAUCUGGAUGUUACAUUUUACUCCCUCCAUCCCAAAAUAUAGAGCGUACCUGCUCUGGACACGGAGACGAAGGAUAUAUGUACUUAUCUUGCCCAUCCCAACGCGCGACGCUUCGCUUCACGCGCGCCCUCGGCCUUCCCAGCGCGUAGCCCAUCCCACGUCCUAUUUUCGUGCACGUAUCCCAUAUCCCACGUCCUAUUUUCACGCGUUUAUGAGACUUCUUGAUCGCUCAUGCUUGCCCGCGCGCGUUAAUUUCUGGCCCCGCCCGCUGACAAUAAAAAUUUGGAAAGCAUCAACUAAAAUUAGCACCAUGCAUGCCAGUUUGAUCGGAGAUUUGGAAGGCGCCAUCAACCAAAUUAAAUUUGGAAGGCAUGAACGAAAAUUAGCGCCACUUUGAGCUUAUCCUAUAAAUGUGGGCAAUGGCCAUUCACAGUUCACACUUCACCUCUCUUUUUUCUUCUCUCGUAAACCCUCACAUGGUUCAACGUAAUGGCUGGUUUUGAUCUGAAUCAGCCUAUCAAUUGGGAUGAAAUUGACGAUUUAGAGGGAGUUGUACCUUAUUUGAACUAUGAUUUCGUUUGGGAUCCCGGCAACGAAGAUGGAGAAGGUUCUGGAGAAGAGCGCAGCGACGGAGAUGACGACGCCGGCGGCGGAGCGGACGCCGGCGACGGAGCGGAGGCCGUGGAUGCAGCUGAAACCACAGGUAUAAAUAUCAGGAAGAGAAGGCACUACCCUCCUGAUAUGAAACGAAGCAUAUAUGCUUUGUGUUUAGAGAGAUCAACUAAUGGCAUCAUAAAGGAGGGAGUGACCAAAUCUGUUGCUAACGACAUGCGGGUGGGGAAACUGUGGAGAGUUGUCCAACGUGUAUGGCGGCCGCAAAAAAACUUCCCUUUAACGCUAAUGCACUGGUGGAGAAACCCUUUGUAGUCCCGGUUCGUAACCCCCCUUUAGUCC